UACUUCUCUUUUCCUGACUAUUAUUAAAAAGUUGAAAGCAACCAACAGCCUGUCCUUAUUAUGACAUUAUCUUCUUUCUUUUCCUUUCUCAACCUACACAUACUGCUAAGAACCACUAUUUUUAGUAAGAUGAUAAUUCUAAAUUAUUAUAAUAUUUGGUUCAACUAGUUAAACAGAACACGCCCCUUUUGAGUUUCAUUCAUCUUCUUCUCUCUCUCUCUCUCUCUCUCUCUCAACUUUCAGCUUCAACUUUCAAUAUACACUAUAUAUAUAUAUAUUAUUAUUAUCUACACUUCACAUAUCCACAAUUUCAUCUUUCUAACAAGAGUGAAAAUCUUGAGUUAUGGAUUGGAAUUUGAAAGCACCUUCAUGGGAAUUAAGUGAAGUGGAUCAUGAAGCAAGCUUAAACAACAGCAACAUAGAAACAAUGAAUGAUGGCUCAACUAGGAGUACAAGUUUUGAAGUUUACAGAACAACAAAAGGGGAAUUUUCUGUUGACUUGAAGCUUGGUCAAGUUGGACAUUCUGGCACUGAAUCAAUGGUUACAAAAUCCAAAGAUGAUGUUGUUGGAAUUACUAAAAUGACCUCUUCAUCAUCAUCUUCAGGUUCAUCUAAGAGAGCUAGAGCAAUUAAUAAUGGUACUCAGAUUGUGGCAUGUCUUGUUGAUGGUUGUCAAGCUGAUCUAAGUAAUUGUAGAGACUAUCAUAGGCGUCAUAAGGUUUGUGAACUUCAUUCCAAAACUGCACAAGUCACAAUUGGUGGCCACAAACAAAGGUUCUGCCAACAAUGUAGCAGGUUCCAUUCACUGGAGGAAUUUGAUGAAGGAAAGAGGAGCUGUAGGAAACGGUUAGAUGGACACAACCGACGGAGAAGAAAGCCACAAGCAGAACCUAUAACUCGAUCUAGUAGCUUUUUGUCCAAUUACCAAGGAACACAAUUGCUACCAUUCUCAAGUUCACAUAUCUACCCUUCUACUGCAAUGAUGAAUCCAACUUGGAAUGGAGGAGAUGUUAGACUCCACAAUCACAACCAACACCGACAAGACCUUUUUCUUGGAACUUCUCAAACCAACACCUACAAAGAAGGAAAACAAGUUGCAUCAUUCAUACAAACUAAUCAUCACCACCCAACGACCACUCUCAACAACACAAACCAACACCUUCCAGAAGCUUCUUCCUUAAACCAAACAUUUAGAAGAACAAACCCAUUUUCAGACAAAAUGUUCUGUGAUAGUUUAACAAGUUCUGUUCACAACAACAACAACAACACUUCUUGUGCUCUCUCUCUUCUGUCAUCACCAACACAACAACAACAGACACAUGAUCACGUUAAUGGAUUGAAUCAAAUGGUGAAUACUCACUCAUCUUUUAUGCAACCAUUAGGACUAAGCUUGCAUGAUCAUAGCUUGGACCCUGUUUUGGGUUCAAAUGAUGAAAGUGGUCAUUGUUCCUCGAUUUAUAACAUGGGUGGUUCUAAUGAAUCACAUUCUACUCAGGGGAAUAACAAUGAUGCACCUCCUUUGUUUCCAUUUCAAUGGGAUUAGAGGAUUUUAUUUUUAUUAUUUUAAUAAUAAGGUGUCACACCUUUGUUUCUUCAUUAGUUAUUUCUAUUAAUGUACUAAUUGAAUAUUCAUCAAUUUGUCUUUCGUGAAAACAAUUGACUAUCGAAUAAGAAAAAUAUUGGUGUGUUUGUGUUA